GCUCUCUCAAUCUAUGGCACAUGACCAUGGAUGGAAACACUGAUUUUGCCAAAGUUCGCUACAUCACCCACAAAUUGCGAAUGUGUGGGCAUCGCUUUUGUGUGACUCAGAUUGUCGCUCACCCCUUGCUUCCUCUCGUACUAACUGUAUCUCAGUCUCGAUGUAGUCGAGUUGAUGAUAUUGCUAGGAAAUCGUUGUCUGAAGUGAUUCUUUGGAGGACUUGCUCUGUAGGUCCACUUUGCAAAAGUGGUGGUAUGACGGAACUCGCGCGUAUUGUCAGUCCUAUACAUUUUGGCUGUGUACGCACAGCCUGGAUACCAGCUCAUUUGCCCAGAUGUUGCUUUAUCGUUAGCGAUGGCCAAAAUCUCGUGAUUUAUCAAACUAAUGUGAGAGCACACGAUCUGGUUGAAAUGGAUGACUCUACGAAACAACUUGGAAGUCCUAUUGAGAGCAUGGCGGAUAUGAACCAAGUCCAUAUCAAAAUGGCAGAUCUGAUGCCCCUUCUUAUCCCACGCGAGGACUGUUUCGUUGUCGAUGAACGCUCUCUGUUGAAUCUCAUCGAGUCUAGUAAACAUAAUCAGGCAUCGCUGCCGCAGCCACCACCUUUACCACAGCCGCAACAUCCCGGAAAUCGGAAG